AUGUCCACGUCCUCCCCAUUGACCGCGUUCCACUCGAACUCCCGCACCAUAUCGGCUACGAAGUACCCGAGGUGUAGCAUGGCCAGGUCUAACGCGGGGCAGGCCCUCCUCCCCGCCCCGAAAGUCAGCAUCUUUAUUUCCUUCCUACAGGUUAUCUCCAGCCCUUCGCCUUCUCCACCGGGGAGAAAUCGCUCCGGCCUGAACUCCAUUGGAUUCGACCACACCUUCGAGUUCCAAUUCAUCUCCGUCACCGUAACAUUGACGUUUGUCCCCCGAGGUAUCAGGUACCCUUCAACGGUCGCAUCCUCCACUGGCGAAUGAGGCAAGAGGAAGUGUGCCGGGGGAUGCCGCCGAAGGCCUUCCAUGAUCACGGCCCUGAGGAAGGGCAGCUUGCCCAGGUCCUCCUCCUCCACGUCCUCCCCGUCGCGGACAACGGCGGAGAUUUCUUCGAACAGCCUCGCUUGUAUGUGUUGGUGCUUCACCAAGUUCGCCAUUAUCCACUGCAGCACAGUCACUGUCGUGUCCGUGCCGGCGGUUAAAAUCUCGGAACAGAGGGAGAUGAUCUCCUCCUCUCUUAGCUUUCGCUUCCUCCCCUCCUCGUCGGGGAGCUCCAGGUUGAGUAGCGAAUCUCCAUACGAGAAUUGGAAGCUAUCCUCUCCCCUUUUCUUCAUCUCUUCACUCCGCUCCCGGCGGGCUUUGAUCAAUGGGACAAGAAGGCCCUCCUGCCUGCGGCGAAUUUCUCCGAUCUUCCUCCACAGGCGCCAGUAAAUAUAGUUUCCUACUCGGGGGAGGAUAAGAAAAACGUUGACCUUGACGAAAUGGACAGAGAUGUCGUGUUGAACCCUCUGGAUCUCCCGAACGGUCUUCUCCUCCAAGUUCUCACCGAAGCACAUCGAAGCGAACAGAGAAAUGAAGGCGUACCGGAAGCUGUCCAGCACCGCCACCGGCUCCCCGACUUCGGCCUGCCGGCGAAGCUCGUCUUUAUGGACUCCGCCUGCCCGCCGACGGUAA